AUGAGCCCACCGAAUGAACAAGCAGAUCGUCUCCGUCAACGGCACCGGCGCCAGUCCUCAUCAUCAUCCAAGGAUGCCCUCAUCGCGGCAGUCAAGACCCUCGAGCACAAGGCCGAGCGGACGCUUCUCCUCCUCUGGGACGACCUGCCCGCCUGGCGGCGGGACAAUGCCUUCAUACACUCGGGCUACCGUCAGAUCCGCGCCUCAUACUCGCACGCGUUCCGCUCGCUUUUCUACCUGCACAACGAAUCGGUCAACAUCUGGUCGCACCUCGUCGGCGCCCUGCUCGCCAUGACGUCGGCGACGUACCUGUACUACGAAAUUCAACCGCGAUACGCGUCCGCCUCGUCGUCGGACGUCUUGGUCUUCUCGUGCUUCUUCGGCGGCGCCGUGCUGUGUCUCGGUAUGAGCGCGACCUAUCACGCCAUCCAGGACCAUAGCCCGUCGGUGGCCAGGUGGGGGAACAAGCUGGACUACACGGGAAUCGUGGCCUUGAUCGUGGGGAGCUACGUGCCGGCCAUGUACUAUGGCUUCUUCUGCAAGCCGACGCUGUUGACGGUCUAUCUCGGGCUGGUCGGUCCCCCGUCGCCCCCGUUUCCGAUGCCGAACCUGCUAACGUGGAGAGACGCACAGAUAUGCAUCCUCGGCCUCGGGUGCACGAUGGUGUCCUGGCUGGACCGGUUCCGCACACCGCUGUGGCGGCCCUACCGAGCGGCCAUGUUCAUCGGCCUCGGCGUUUCGGGCGUCGUCCCCAUCCUCCAGGGUCUCACCAUCUACGGCUACCGGGGGCUCGAGGACAGGAUGGGCAUCACUUGGGUCAUUGCCCAGGGUGUCAUGUACAUAGCUGGCGCCGUCAUCUACGCCGUUCGCUGGCCGGAGCGGAGUUUCCCAGGAGCAUUCGACAUUUGGGGCAGCUCGCACCAGAUCUUUCACCUCUUUGUCGUGCUCGCCGCGGCAAUGCACUUGUUUGGCAUGGCCAAGGGAUUCGACUACCACCACACCGUCAUGGGGUCGCAAUGCCUAGCCGUCUAG